UAUUCAGCAUGGAAGCAGAUCAGUGGCACUCACAGAUAUGUGGAGCUGACUGUGUACCUCACAAAGAUAUGCUGUCUGUCGGCUGAUACCAGCCGCCAUGUGGAGGCUACCUUCAGGACAACAGAAUCCAGAUAAAUUAGAUUAUUGGAUUGGCUGCCACAGAUUAUAGCUCACCUGCAUCCGCAAUGCUUCAUGAGAAACCCACAUCUAACUGAUCAUAUUUGACGCGGAGUUUACGAAAAUAAGAAGGCUGGCAGCCAUGCUGACCAGCUUUAUAGAGGGUGUACUCUGCUGCCUGACCUCAAAGUCUGCCAACGUGGUAGUUCCUGUAGAAACAUCAGAACCAGCUGAUGGCUUCGAGUUUGUGGAGGUGAAACCAGGCCGUGUUCUGCGGGUUCGACACAUCAUCCCUGACCGACCGGUGGUGGAGGAACCCACCGGGCAGGGUGGGAGUGUCAGCUGCAAACGGAAGAUCACAGUUUACCGCAAUGGACAACUAUUCAUAGAGAACUUGGGUGACAGGGCGAGUGGAGAGCUGAAAAACUACCAGAAUGGGGAUACAGAACCAAACAGCACUGUGGAGGUAGAGCUGACAGACAACUCACCUCCUGUCACCAUGCCUGAGCCCAUGUCUGAGUCUGCAAAAGACGGGACCUCUGACGGAGCAGCAGGAGGAGAUGCUCCCGCUGCUGCUCAGGCCGAGCAGUCGCAGCUUCCCAGGAGGCGCAGGCGUAAACCGAAGCGCACUGUGGUGAUUGACUGUGAGAGGAUGAUAUCAGCCUGCAGGGGGACACAUUCAGACGUGGCUCUGUUCUUCAUUCACGGAGUAGGGGGGUCACUGGACAUCUGGGGGAGCCAGUUGGACUUCUUUUCUAGACUUGGGUAUGAGGUGAUCGCCCCAGACCUGGCAGGACACGGAGCCAGCUCGGCACCACAGAUAGCUGCUGCAUACACUUUCUAUGCCCUGGCAGAGGAUUUGAGACUCAUCUUUAAGAGAUAUGCACGCAAAAGGAAUAUUCUCAUAGGGCAUUCUUACGGUGUGUCGUUCUGUACCUUCCUGGCCCAUGAGUAUCCAGAGCAAAUUCACAAGAUGGUUAUGAUCAAUGGAGGUGGUCCCACAGCUCUGGAGCCCAGCCUCUGCUCCAUCUUCAACCUGCCCACCUGUGUGCUUCACUGCCUCUCCCCCCUGCUAGCCUGGAGCUUUCUCAAGGCUGGCUUUGCUCGACAGGGUGCCAGGGAAAAACAGCUGCUGAAAGACAACAAUGCCUUCAACGUGUCGUCCUUUGUGCUGCGUGCCAUGAUGAGUGGACAGUACUGGCCUGAGGGGGACGAGGUCUACCAUGCUGAACUCACAGUACCCAUCCUGCUGAUCCUUCCUCCAAAGUCGUAG